CCGAGCUUGGUGGCCACGGGAGGCAUUCGUUACCGAUCGUCUCCGCUUCUAACGUAACGUGAGAGGGGAGUUGUUGCAUAUGUCAGAGGAAUAGGCCCGCUUCCUCCCCGCCUCGCUUUUCGGCGAAAGCCUCGGCCGCCGCCGCCGCCCCCACCCCGCGAGCGCGUUGGCGUUUUGGUUUCCUCGUCUCCCUGCGCUGCCGAGCCGGUACUGGUGCCUCGCCAUUGCCUCGCUCUGAGCCGUGUCGGUCGGAGGGAAGCGAGGAGAGAGGAUACGGUGCAAUGGCGGUCGCCGCUCUCCUGCGCCGGAGGGCGCUCUCGUCGUCCCCUGCGGCCUCCUCGUGCUUGCCUGCUGUUUAUGUUCGCUGCCUUCUCUCCAAUUCUGAUCUACAUUCCAUGGUAAAUUCCACUAGUUUGAGAUUUAGGAGGGACUACCACAACUCUGGGAAGUUUGACUUGACUGAUAUGACACAUCCUCAUAUGUGGUACCCAAAGGCCCGAGAAAAGAAGCGCAAUGUAUUUUUACAUGUUGGUCCGACAAACAGUGGGAAAACACAUAAUGCUCUCAAGAGAUUAGAAGCAAGCUCUUCAGGUGUGUACUGUGGACCUUUGAGAUUGUUAGCACGGGAAGUAGCACAAAGAUUAAACAACGUUGGUGUCCCUUGUAACUUGAUUACUGGACAAGAAAGGAAUGAAAUUGAUGGUGCAAAGCAUAGCUCCUUGACAGUUGAGAUGGCUGAUGUGACAACUGAGUAUCAGUGCGCUGUUAUUGAUGAAAUUCAGAUGGUUGGCUGUAGAUCAAGGGGUUUUUCGUUCACACGUGCACUUCUGGGGCUAUGUUCAGAUGAACUUCAUGUUUGUGGUGACCCAGCUGCUGUUCCUCUUAUUCAGCGAAUUCUUGAAGCUACUGGUGAUGUAGUUACGGUUCAAUAUUAUGAGAGACUAUCUCCUUUGGUUCCUCUGAAGUCUCCACUUGGGUCUUUCUCUAACAUCAGGGCAGGAGAUUGUUUAGUAACAUUCUCAAGACGUGGGAUUUAUAAUUUCAAGAAAAGAAUUGAAACGGAGGGAAAGCAUCUUUGUUCUGUGGUCUAUGGCUCAUUGCCACCGGAAACUCGAACGAAACAGGCGACAAUGUUCAAUGAUGACAGCAGUGACCUUAAUGUGCUAGUGGCUAGUGAUGCUAUUGGAAUGGGUCUUAAUCUGAACAUUUAUAGAAUUAUUUUCUCUACAAUGAUGAAGUUUGAUGGCUUCAGCAACAGGGAACUGACUGUGGCUGAGAUCAAACAGAUUGCUGGCAGGGCUGGGAGAUAUGGGUCUAAGUUCCCAGUUGGUGAAGUGACAUGUCUAGAUGCUGAAGAUCUCCCAUUACUUCACUCAUCUCUGGAUUCACCUUCCCCCAUUAUAGAGCGUGCUGGACUUUUCCCCACAUUCGAUUUAUUGUCUUUGUAUUCACGAUUGCAUGGAAAUGACUUUUUUCACCCUAUACUGGAACGUUUCUUGGACAAGGCUAAACUAUCUCCGGACUAUUUUAUUGCUGAUUGUGAAGAUAUGCUGAAGGUUGCUGCUAUUGUUGAUGAUUUACCUCUUGGGUUGUAUGAUAAAUACCUCUUCUGUCUCAGUCCAGUGGACAUGCGUGAUGAUAUAUCUGUCCAAGGAUUAAUUCAGUUUGCAGAAAAUUAUGCAAAGAAGGGCAUUGUUCGACUUAAAGAGAUAUUCACACCUGGAACAUUGCAGGUUCCGAAAACACACAAUCAACUCAAGGAGCUUGAAUCAGUUCACAAGGUCCUAGAGUUGUAUGUGUGGUUAAGCUUCAGAUUGGAGGAUUCCUUUCCAGACCAUGAAAUGGCAGCUUCCCAAAAGUCAAUCUGCAGCAUGUUGAUCGAAGAAUAUUUGGAGAGGUCAGGAUGGCAGCCACGAGGACGAAGAAAGUUUUUGAGUACUCCGCAAAAGCUGCUCCAAGAAUCUGAUGUGUCGCAAUUGAGCAAAUAUUUUCAAGUUGAUGCAAGAUCAAAAUAGAAGGCCUGUACAAGAAAAGGGGUCUCACCAUAUUCAGUCCAGAUUUGAGCAUGCCUUUUCUGAUUUGUUAUCAGAUCAUCGGUGAGAAGCAAAACAACGCUUUGGAUGACGGAAGAGAUACUUUCACCAUAACCAUUUAGGUUAACUAAGCAGUCAAUUUGGCAGCACGAAUUAUCCAUCCACCAUUUUUUUUCAGUCAGUAGCACUUUGUGUACCUAAUGCAAACAGAACUAUACAACACCGGUAGAAAUGUGUGCUAGUUUCUUAAGUGAUAAUAAAAGCAGAGGCACGCAGAAGGCACUUGUGUGACACUGGGAUUGCAGACAUGCAGAAUGGUAUCAACUUGUGCAUUCUAGUCUGAGUUCUUAGAGUAGCUGUAAUGGUUGUUGUAACCCUGUAUGUAAAGAGAAAGGAAAAAUGUUGCUUCUCAUGUUGAAAAGAGGCUGCUUCACAAGCGCAAAAUCUCAAUGUUGUCGUUGGCUGCUGUGCAUCA